CGGCAGGGGUGCGUGUGUGUGUCGCUGCGCCCGGACCCGCCCCGUCCGCCGGGAGCUGCCGCCUCCUGCUGCCGCCGCCGCAUCCGCGCCCGAGGAAGGAGCCGGGAGCCGCGGCUCGAUCCGAGAACCAUACACCAUGUCUUCUGUUGAUUCGUCAAAAGAAGAUACAAUGUCACCAGAAAAAACAGAUGAGAAACAACCUGAAACUGAAAACAAAGCUGAGGAAAGUGAUGAAGAAGAGGAAGAAGAGGAGGAGGAAGAAGAAAAGGAAAAGAGUCUCAUCGUUGAAGGAAAAAGGGAGAAGAAGAAGGUCGACCGGCUGACCAUGCAAGUGUCCUCAUUGCAGAAGGAACCUUUUACAAUUACACCAGGAAAAGGACAAAAACUAUGUGAAAUUGAAAGGAUACAGUUCUUUCUGAGCAAAAAGAAGACAGAUGAACUAAGGAACCUGCACAAACUCCUCUACAACAGGCCAGGCACUGUUGCAUCCCUAAAGAAGAAUGUAGGUCAGUUCAGUGGGUUCCCGUUUGAAAAAGGAAGUGACCAAUACAAAAAGAAGGAAGAAAUGUUAAAAAAAUUUAGAAAUGCAAUGUUGAAAAGUAUCUGCGAAGUUCUUGACUUAGAAAGAUCAGGAGUUAAUAGUGAGCUCGUAACCAGAAUAUUAAACUUCUUAAUGCAUCCAAAAUCUUCAGGCAAGCCAUUGCCAAAGUCCAAAAAAACACCAAGCAAAGGUGGCAAAAAAGAGCGCAGUAGCUCUGGAACAACAAGAAAAGCAAAACGCACUAAGUGCCCUGAGAUCUUAUCAGAUGAAUCCAGUAGUGAAGAAGAUGAAAAGAAGGAAAAGGAUGACUCUUCGGAAGAAAAAGAAAGUGAAGAUGAGCCCCCUAGAAAAGCAUCUAAAAGAGAAAAAUCUAAAAAGGUGACUUCCAAAACUAAGAAAGCUGUGAAGAGUGCGAAUGUCAAGAAGGCAGACAGCAGCACCACUAAGAAAAAUCAGAACAGUUCUAGAAAAGGUAAAUGCUCUAAAUCUUUCAUCAUACCUUGUCUUGUAGUUUAACUGUCAUGCUUAUUA